GGGCCGCGGGCGGCGCUUUAUCAGCUGCCAGGGCCGGCGGCGGUCGCGGCCGCCCGUCCCUCUCGCCAUCCUUCCCUCCCUGCUCCGCGUCCCGCCGUGCAGCAUGGCCGGGCUGGGCGGCGGCCCUGCCGCCUUCGGGCGCUGCACACACGCCGUGGUGCGGGCGCUGCCCGAGUCGCUAUGCCGGCAGGCGCUGCGCAGCGCGGCGGGCCCCGAGGUGGACUUCGCCCGCGCGGAGCGGGAGCAUCAGCUGUACGUGGGAGUGCUGCGGGGCAAGCUGGGGCUGCAGGUGCUGGAGCUGCCGGCCGACGAGAGCCUUCCCGACUGCGUCUUCGUGGAGGACGUGGCCGUGGUGUGCGAGGAGACGGCGCUCCUCACCCGCCCGGGCGCGCCCAGCCGCAGGAAGGAGGUUGAGUCCAUGAAGAGAGUACUAGAAAGUCUCAACCUCAAUAUAGUAGAGAUGGUAGAUGAAAAUGCUACCUUGGAUGGCGGAGACGUCUUAUUUACAGGCAGAGAAUUUUUUGUGGGUCUUUCCAGGAGGACAAAUCAACGUGGUGCAGAAAUUCUGGCUGACACAUUUAAGGAUUAUGCUGUCUCCACAGUCCCUGUGCAUGAUUCUUUGCAUCUGAAGAGCUUUUGCAGCAUGGCUGGACCAAACUUGAUUGCUAUUGGAUCAAGUGAAGCUGCACAGAAAGCCCUUAAGACCAUGCAACAGAUGAGUGACCACCGCUACGACAAGCUGACAGUGCCCGACGAUGCUGCCGCUAACUGCAUCUACUUAAACAUUCCCAGCAAAGGCCAUGUCCUGCUGCACCGAGCCCCUGAGGAGUACCCAGAGAGUGCAAAGGUAUUUGAAAAACUGAAGGACCACAUGCUGAUCCCAAUAGCCAACACGGAACUGGAGAAAGUAGAUGGGUCACUCACCUGUUGCUCUGUGCUUAUUAACAAAACUCCAGAAUUAUGAGUUUACAGAGUCCCUCCCUUGUAACUGGCAAUAAUGUUACACACAAGGUAGACGAAUCUGUAUCCACACUUUUAUUGUUUUUAUUGACAAUCUACUGUACCACUGUGCUACUAACCCUUGUUUACAAAUUUUUUGCUUUGUGUAUUUUUAUGAUGUCCUUGCAGAUGGUAUUUAAGGUGGCUGUACGGUUUGUUGGGGGCACAUAACUCUGAAGUAUGUUAGUCCCAUGGGCUAGCAGAAGACAAUUAUAGUGGCUAUCCCCCAGCUGUAGUGAUUUAACAUAUCUGUGGAAAUUUUAUCAAAACCAACUAAUUCUAACAUUUCAAGCACCUCUGUUGUCUUUACACUGUUCCCUUCUCCUGUCUUUUUUUCCUCUUGCUUUCUUGCUCUGCAUCUUCUUUUCUUUUCUUAGUCCUCUUUACUUUCAGUGAUGCAAGGUAUCAGAGGGGCACUGAAGAAGGCUCAGUGGGCUUGUGAACUUGGUAUCUUGUGUGGUAGAGCAGCUUUCUGUACACUAGCUGGAAGUGGGCAGUGGCCUGUGCUCACUGUCUCAGCCAUAUCAUGUUGAUGCUGCUGGGCAGAGUUGUGGCUGGAAUCUCUUUCAGACACCAGGUAGCAACUUUGGAAAAAGCUCCCUCCAACGGGAACGUUCAAGUGCAAUGUCUGCCUGGGAAACUUGAAUGACAGAGUAGUGCAGCCACACAAGAUACAUCCUGCAAGUUCAGAUCCCGGUUGCUGCUAAUGCUGUGACUUUCAAUUUGGUGAGAAUGGAAGAGGAGUUUUUAAAAGGGCCAGAUCCCAAGGAGAACCCAGACCACAAAAAUGAAAGACUGAGAUGCUAUUGGAAAAAUUAAACCUGAAAAAGUAAUCUAAAAUGUAGAGGGGUUUAAUUAUCUUUGUUAACUUUUUUAUUCAUAUCUAUCUCUCUGUUUUCUCCUCUUGAAGGCCACUUAAUAGCAAAAUUCAAAAGAAAAGGGUGAUAAAAGGAGUUGAAGGACAGCGAUUCCUGGAUUAUGCUCAUGAAUAAGGGAAGCUAUUUUUUCCUGAAAGAUUGGCAUUUGUACUUUAUCUGUCCUUGGGGCAGUUUUUCUUGGAACAAUAACCAUCUUAUUUUUUUUAAUUGCAUGAAUAUUUACUGUGGUAUUCAGUUCAAACAAAUACAUUUUUCGUACCAAAUUCCACAACAUGUUUUACCCACUGAGUCAUACUUUAUUUUCACCACAGUAAAGUGAAGCAUACACCAUUGUACUCACAUGCUUCUUGUUAAAUCAUUUGUAAACUAAGGAUGGAGAAAUUCCCAAACAGAGGCAGUAGUGGGAAUUCUCCAGAGACUGACAAAUAGUCUGAACAUGUUAUCAACUUCCUAGAUAUCUCCUCCACCUUUCCUGAACCACUUGUGGUGUGUUGCUAAGGUACAGUAGGAAGCGAGCAGGGGGAGCUCAGGCAACAUGGUCUGCAGGAAAGCAAACAGUAUUAACCGAGAGCACACUUGGAUAUCCUUUGGAAACCUGCAUGCUUUUUUGUGUAGUCAUAAGGGAGGAAACAGAAGUACUCAUAUCCGUAGGUACUUCUCAGUGUAUCUCUCAAUUAAUCUUGGUGGCUAAUGAGGAGAAAACCUCCUGGCAAUAUAUCUCAUGUUUUGUGGGUAUGCUGUAUGUUGUGAUGACACCAGAUAUCACAAGGGAGAGAGCAAUGAUAAGCAAAUAUAAUGUAUGUGAAAAGACAGCGUGGCCCAAAGGAAGUCUUUAGCCAGCCAAAGGGCAAGUGCUGUUUUUAUGACUGCGUGCUUUUCCAAAGGGUUCUCCUAAUGUUUCUCCUUUUCUUCUCCAUUCCCAUGCACCAUCAUUUAUGCCUGACCCAGGUGAUCAGGCUCCAACAGUGUAAACGCUGCAGUGGGGAACCUCUUAUUUACCUUCCCUUGGUGCAUUUUAGAAUUACUUGAUGUUAAAGAUUUGUGCCAAAAAGUGACCCUGCAGUAUUUAACUGUGCUCUUCUAGGGACAAGCUGUACUCUGUUAAAAACCUAUGCAGCCGUGGGAGCUGUCAGACAAAGCUGGAACAGAAUCCUUCCUGACCUUUCCAUGCACCUCCUGGGGCCUCAUCCCCUUCUAUGUCCUUCAGUCCUCUUCCCUCCUCUCACUAGGGAGCCAGAGCAUCCAGCUACACUGGGACAGUGUUAAGCUGUGGGAUUUCUAUUCCAUUUACCUCUCAAAAUUUGUUGUGCUUUUGUUUUGGUUUUUUGGGUUUUUUUUCUUCCAUCCUUUCACCUCUCUCUUUCUCAGACUCUCAUUUCUAGUUUAUACCAUGAUGAGCACUUUUUUAACCCCAAGUGAUUUUGCCUUCUGCUGUCUCAGUUAUCCUACUUGAGUCUUCCUUUUCUGUCCUCCUCCUCCUUCACUGUUCAGUCCAGUGUAUCUCAACCCCCAGUGAACUACCUUAAACUCAAUCCCUCCUUGAGGAGGGAGAAGCUGAAGGGGACCACUUUGGCUCCAAGUGACUUCUUUUGAGCUGGACGAAUGACUGUCAACAGGAGGUAUAGAUCCAGAGAGUGGCAAGGGUGACUCCUCUUCUUGAGGAUUACUCCAGAAAAGGGAAACAUUUGUGGUGGACAUUGUUGAUAUCUUCUGUUCCCGAAAGCAAUAGAAUAGGUGACAAUUAAUUCCCCUGGCUCCCCAUGGGAGGGAGAGGGGGAGUCAGGAUCUCAGAGCUGAGAAACAUCUGUAUUGACAGAGGAGUUGGUCUUUCACCUAUUGCCAUUUAGAUUUCCUUGCCUUCAAGGCUGCAUUUUGGUAUACAGAAUGAGCCAGGGAGUGGCUGAGGGAUUCCUGAAUUCCUUCAGGUGACGAUUUCAAGUUGUAUUCAAACUGUCUAACUUCAGGCACAGAAUUUAGGUGCUCUAAAUCACACCUCCUUUCUCUCUGUUGGUCUCAGUAGAUAUAAUAGCCUCCUAACAUAGACACUCUGAAUAACAUCCUAGCCUGAUGCCUAAAGUUACCUAAGCUGCUUAGUGGGAUUGCCCUCACCUCUCUGCUUUGUUACUCUUUUCUGGCAUUAUAAAGUAAAAACAUUAAGAGCACUGCAGUUUGUGUGUUUGCAGUAUGGUACUAAAAACUAAAACUAAAACCAUGCCAAGUGCUUCUUGUUCUUGCUGUUUACUAUUUUUAAUGUUGCCCAAACGAAGAAUUCAGUUGUGAGGACAUUUCUGCUGCGAUACAUAUGCAUCUAAUGGGCAUCCUGUACAACUUGUCACCAGAACAUUUCUCAGAUGCCUGAUAUAAAUCAUCAUCCUUGAUUAAUAUAAAUAAUAAAAUAAAAUCCCAAACCAAAAAAGGAGAUGAGACACUGAACACUAAUAGCUGCCCACAUAAAGCACUCAAUGAUAACUGUCAGGCCAGUGCAGAAGUUCCUGUGGUGGUUAAUAACUCAGAAAUGGGGCUUGAAUUACUCAUCAAAGGUAUUUGGGUUUGGUUUUGGUUGGGUUUUCUUUUUUUUCCUUUGGUCAAUCAGUUCAGUUCAAAUGAAAGAGCUACAAUGUGCAUUAUAGAUCUUUUAUGGGUGUUAUCUUUGCUAAGAGUUUAGGGAGAGCUGUGAUAUGUGGGUUUCUUCACCAGAAUGUGAAUACAGUGUCUCUCUCUGCAACAAAAAUGUGAAUGCAUACUGUACCUUUUAAGGUAGACUUGAAUUCUUCCAUUUCAGUAUGUUUGUCUUUUCCAUGCUAAUACAACUCCUAUUUGGUAUUCAAUAGAUGCCACUGUAUGAAGCUAUGCUCUGCUUUUUUUUGUGAUUUCCAUGUGAUAGGUACCAAGCUCAUAGGCAACACUAUGUCCAGUUUUAAAACCAAAAAGUCAGUGCACAGAAUGCUGUUUGUUCACAGCAAACUGGGCAUGAACUGGCUUUUGAUUUCAUUCAGCUUCUUAUACAUUAUAUCGAUGAGGUCAGAGCCAAAUUGCUUCAAUAAAAAACAUUAAUGUUCACAUGGAACCGUGUGAGGAAAAUAAUUUACUAUUUAAGAUUCUCUAUUUUUGCUUUUAUCAAUAAGGAAGCUGAAAAGAUAAGACUUCUUAAAGAAUGGUAUUUGUUAAGUGAUUGUGAAUAAAGUAUUGUUGGACCUCACGUGUAUUUUCAGAGAAGUUUUAACUGGACGUGUGAUGUAACUUGAAUAGAGUUGCAUGUGAAUCGUGUUAGUCACUGUUCUACGUUGUAUUGUUCUGCAGUGCACAAAUAUGACUACUGAACACAGAAGUGUUACAUUUCAUUAAACUUAAAACCUUGUUGCAGUAUAUAUUCCCCCACUUUUUGUGCCAAAACCAUCAAUACAUCCCAUAAUCUGUUCUAAUAGAGGUUUGCACUUUGAUUUUUUAUUUUUUUCUUUGUGACUCUUGCAGUUUCAGUAUUAUAUAUCCCCAUCAUGAAGGAAUAAAGUGUCAGUUGUACUGUGCA